AUGGCUCCUCACGCAGAAACCGGCUCCACGAACGGGUAUAGUGCUCCCGAGUCAGCUCCAUCGCACCAGGAGCUCUUCACCGUCAGCUCUCCCAACGUGGUCUACACCGACGACCACAUCAAGAGCAAAUAUGUCUACCACACCACCGCCGUCACCAAAGCGGCCGAGGGCAAGUUUACGGCCGUGCCCAAGGAAACCGUGUACGACUUCAAGGUCGAUCGCAAAGUUCCCAAGGUCGGUAUGAUGUUGGUGGGCUGGGGCGGCAACAACGGCUCCACGGUCACGGCUGGCAUCAUUGCCAAUCGGCGUAAGCUCGUCUGGGACACUCGCGAAGGUCCUCGUGCCGCCAACUACUACGGCUCCGUGGUCAUGGGAUCGACCAUCAAACUGGGCACCGACGCCGAAACCAGCGAGGAAGUCAAUGUUCCUUUCCACGAUGUUUUGCCCAUGGUUCAUCCCAACGACAUUGUCAUCGGUGGUUGGGACAUCAGCAGCCUGAACAUUGCCGCGUCCAUGGACCGUGCCCAGGUGCUGGAACCCACCUUGAAGGCCCAGGUGUACAAGGAGAUGGCACUCAUGAAGCCUCUGCCCAGCAUCUACUACCCUGACUUCAUCGCCGCGAAUCAGGAAGAUCGUGCAGACAACGUCAUCCCAGGUAGCAAGGCGAGCACGGCUCACGUGGAACAGCUGAGAAAAGACAUCAGGACCUUCAAGGCCCAGAACAAUCUCGACAAGGUCAUUGUGCUUUGGACCGCCAACACCGAGCGCUAUGCCGACAUCAUCCCGGGGGUCAACGACACUGCCGAGAACUUGCUCAAGGCCAUUGAACAAGGACACGAGGAAGUGUCGCCAUCGACCGUCUUCGCCGUGGCCUGUAUUCUUGAAAACACCCCGUUCAUCAACGGCUCUCCCCAGAAUACCUUCGUCCCCGGUGCGAUCGACCUGGCUGAGAAGCACGGUUCGUUCAUCGGCGGCGACGACUUUAAGUCGGGUCAGACCAAGAUGAAGUCGGCCUUGGUGGAUUUCCUGAUCAACGCCGGCAUCAAGUUGACCUCGAUUGCCAGCUACAACCAUCUCGGCAACAACGACGGUAAGAACUUGAGCUCGCAGAAGCAAUUCCGCUCCAAGGAGAUCUCCAAGUCCAAUGUGGUCGACGACAUGGUUGCCGCCAACACGGUGCUGUACGAGAAGGACGAGCAUCCCGACCACACCGUCGUCAUCAAGUACAUGCCGGCGGUUGGAGACAACAAGCGUGCCUUGGACGAAUACUAUGCCGAAAUCUUCAUGGGCGGUCACCAGACCAUCAGCAUCUUCAAUGUCUGCGAAGAUUCGCUGCUGGCCUCACCACUGAUCAUCGAUCUCGUGCUUCUGGCCGAGAUCAUGACCCGUAUUCAGUGGAAGACGGAAUCAGCUGCCGAGUAUAAGGGGUUCCACAGUGUGCUCAGUGUUCUCAGUUACAUGUUGAAGGCACCAUUGACCCCUCCCGGCACUCCCGUCGUCAACUCUCUGGCCAAACAACGCGCUGCUCUCACCAACAUCUUCCGAGCAUGUAUCGGUCUCCAGCCCGAGUCCGACAUGACCCUCGAGCAUAAGUUGUUCUAG